CUGCAGCAGCACACAGGCAGUACUGCACCCUCCACCAAGCUAAAGCUGUUUCCAAGCAACCCCAACAAACUAAACACGGCAUUAGCGGAGCUCCUACUAACUCAGCCUGACUAGCCUAGCUAUCUGCUAAAGUUUUAAAAGCGACUUUAAUGUGAGUUUUAUUCAGUUUACAAAAGGAUGGGGAAAAAAGUAAAGAAAGAAGCUGAACCAGCAGCACCCAGAGAUGCGUUUGACCCGCUGCCCAUUGAGAGUAAGAAGGCUGAGACAGUUGUCCUCAUGCUUGACUCCCCAGAAGAAGAGGUGCUGGCCAAAGCUUGUGAAGCCAUCCACAGAUUCGCAGAGAAAGGAGAUGAGAACAGGAACUCUCUCUUGGCGUUAGGAGCAGUGGAGCCACUCACUCGCCUUAUCUCUCAUGAAGACAAGACUGUUCGCAGAAAUGCUUUUAUGGCUGUUGGAGUCAUGGCCUCUAACAAUGAUGUCAGAAGACUUAUGAAGAAACUGAAUAUUAUACCAUCAGUCAUCAGCAAGUUGUCACCAGAAGAGGACAUCAUUGUCCACGAAUUUGCCACUCUGUGUUUGGCAUCUCUCUCUGUGGACUUCACCUGCAAGGUUCAGAUAUAUGAACAGAAUGGACUGGAACCUCUUCUUCGUCUUCUGUCAAGCCCAGAUCCUGACGUGAAGAAGAAUUCUGUGGAAUGCAUCUUUAAUCUUGUUCAGGACCUGCCCAGUAGAGUGACUGUGCAAGAGUUAAACGGACUGCCCCAGCUGCUCGAUCUGCUGCGCUCAGAGUAUCCCAUAAUUCAGCAGCUCGCUUUACACACUCUGGAGAGCAUCACAACAGAUGCUGAGACACGCACAGCCUUUAGAGAAGAGCAGGGGUUCAGCAAACUACUGGAGUUUCUCACAACCAAAGAGUUCAGUGACCUGCAUGCAGAUGCUUUGAGGGUCAUCUUCAACUGCCUGGAGGACACAGAGUCUGUGAAGCUUAUACAGGGGAACGGAGGACUGGAGAAACUGCUGCAGUUUGUCAUCACACCCACCACACCUGAAGUGCAGACCAACGCAGUUAAAGCCAUUGCCAGGGUGGCAGAGAGCAGUGAGACCAGAAAGCUUCUGCAUGAGCAAAAUGUUGAAAAGGCCCUCAUCGACUUGCUUGCCACAGAGAACAAAAGUGUUCACACUGCGGUGUGCCAGGCAGUGGCAGUAUUGAGCAAAAAUCAAAGCAGCAUGGACACUUUCAGACUUCUCAAUGGUAUUAAACCUAUAGUGCAGCUGCUGAACAGUCAAGAAAAUGGGGUAAAAGAGGCUGCAGCUCAGGCCCUGUCCAGCCUGAGCAGCGGCAAUCCGCUAAACGCACAAGCGAUUUCUGAAGCAGAAGGAGAGAAGCUUAUGGUGCAGAUUCUGAAAGACUGCUGUUCUGGGACAGUCUCGCAUGUGGCGGCCAUCCUGACCAACAUGGCUUCCCAAGAAGCUCUGCGCUGCAGCAUCAUCACCCACAGAGCCAUACCAGCGUUGCUGGAGCCGCUGCAGUCCACUGAACAACACACACUCAUCAGCACCACUCAGCUUGUGGCUGCACUGACCUGCGAGACAGAGGGCAGAGCAGAGCUAAGAGAUGCUGGAGGUCUGCCACUGCUGGUCAAAAUGCUGCAAUCAAACAACACUGAAAUCUGUCGAAAUGCAUGCUGGGCAGUCAGUGUGUGCGCAAACGAUGAGCCAACUGCCACAGAGAUGUGCAAAUUAGGGGCUUUGGAGAUCCUCCAGGAGAUUAACUGCUCAUUGAACCGCAGGAGUAAAUUCAGCGAGGUUGCACUGCAGAGACUGCUGGAUAGCAACCCUUCAAUUAAAUACAGCCUGACAGGACGGCUCUCGCACACUGAUAUCACUGCUGAUGGCUUCUAUGACCCAGGACAGGCCAGAGUGGGUCACAGGGUUCCUACCCUAGAAGAUAUAGCCAAGCAGGUUAUCAACCAGCAUCGAGCUAUCAUUGCAGUUAAUGGAAAACCCCAGGAUCAGGAGACUGCUGAGGACAGGCAGCAGGAAAGUCCAACAGAACCUCAAACAUCAUCUGUGCUGGGCAGCAAAGGGAGCAGUAGAGCAAGUAAAGUGAAGGGCAAGGGGCGGCAGGAGGAAGAGAAGCAGAAGGAUGAGGAUGAAAGUAAAGCAUCAGUAUCAGAAGAAAAGCCAUGGAGUUUGCCAUAUGAUGCUGAUUUCCACAACCUAAUUUCAGAGGCAGCUAAGACAGUUGUGCCCAAAAAUGAAAAGGCUGAGAUGUACACAGCUUUGGCUAAGUUGGUGUGCAAUGCAAUGGGAGGACUGGUGGAUAUUGAGGAACAGCACAAUUUUCCUUGGGAACUUCAUAUAAGUGAGCUAAAAAUUGAACUGCAGUCCAACAUUAUCCCUAUUGGAAUGAUCAAAAAAGGCACCUACUACCAUCGUGCCCUGCUUUUUAAGGCUUUGGCAGACAGGAUUGGAGUGAACUGCAGCUUGGUGAGAGGAGACUAUAAUCGCACCUGGAAUGAAGUUCUGCUCAGCAGCCCCAGAAAAACUGGAUUCUACCCCCAACCCCAGUGUUAUAUUGUCGACCUCAUGCACGAACCAGGCAACCUCAUGAAGUGCGGCACCCCUGCUGCUAUUCAGUAUCAAACAAUCUGACUGCACAGUUACAGAUGUUCACUUUUAAGUAUAUAUUUAUAGAAUAAAAAUGUGAACCUA